UUUUCUUUGGUGUGAAUCCUGCACAGAGCUUCCACUUGUUUUACAAACAGUGAGAGUCAGUGCAGUGAAUACUAUUCACACAAGUCUCUCCAGUCUAGUCUAAUGUCAGCGUACGGCCAAUAGCGCUCGUAGUGACGCUGCAGUAGGUUGGCCCUUCGCUUGCAUUCAUAAACGGAUAUUAUAGCUAAGCGUUGAAUGUACUAGCUACAGAUACAGUCAAGUCGGACCAUGGCGGAAGAAGAGGACACGAAAAUACGGAUUUUACAAAGCCUGCGGGGAAAGAUAUGUGAAGGCAAGAACCUGGGUCCGUGUUCGGGGCCCAACCGACAGCGGGACCUCUGCACCUUCUGCACCAUCAGCCUGGACCAGGAGGAGGUAUUCCGGACCAAGGUGUUUGACAAAAGCCUCAGCCCUUUCUACGGUGAGGACUUCUACUUUGAGAUCCCACGACCAUUUCAGUGUUUGUCCUUCUACGUAUUCGCCAAGGGUGUUUUUCAGAGGGACCUGCCUGUCGGGAAAGUGUCCAUCCGGAAGGAGGAACUGUGUAAAUUCAGUGGGAAGGAGCACUGGUUCGGCCUGCAGCCCGUGGACCCUAACUCUGAAGUCCAGGGAAAGGUCCACCUGGAGAUGCGUCUGAAUGAACUGAUCAUAGAGAAUGGCUCUAUGUGCCAGCAGCUACUGGUUCGGAUAAUAGAAUGCCAGGGCUUGCCUCUGAUCAGUGGACAGAACUGUGAUCCGUAUGCCACUGUCUCGCUCGUUGGGCCUGCCAGGUCUGACCAGAAGAAAACAAAGGUGAAAAAGAAGACCAGCGACCCUCAGUUUGAGGAAACCUUUAACUUUGAGGUCACAAGGCCCAACAGUUACACAAAAAAGUCUAAUUUCCAAGUAGAGGAGGAGGACAUUGAAAAGCUGGAGAUCAAAGUUGACUUGUGGAACAAUGGGAAUUUGGCGCAGGAUGUCUUCCUUGGGGAGACGCGGGUAUCUGUCAAGAUCCUGCGAAAUGACCACAUUCACAGGGCCUGGUAUCUCCUCCAGCCUAAAGGAAACGGGAAGUCCAAGACAGACGACCUGGGCUCUCUGAGGCUCAACGUAACCUACACCGAGGACAAUGUGCUGCCAUCCGCCUGCUACACACCGCUCCGCACGCUGCUGCUCAAGUCCCCAGACAUUAAGCCCAUCUCGGCGUCAGCAGCCCACAUUCUGGGGGACAUCUGCAGGGAGAGGUAUGAGGCGGUGCUGCCCGUGGUCCGCCUGCUGCUCCACCACAGCCGCCUGGUGCCCUUCGUCUCCGCCAUCACUGUCCUGGAACUGGAGAACACUCAGGAGGCCAACACCAUUUUCCGUGGCAACUCCCUGGCAACGCGCUGCAUUGACGACAUGAUGAAGAUUGUAGGGCGGAGCUACCUGACCGUCACCCUGAAGCCUGUAUUGGAUGAGAUUUGUGACUCCAACAAAACCUGUGAGAUUGACCCGAUCAAACUGAAAGAAGGAGACAACGUUGAAGUCAACAAGGAGAACCUGCAGGGGUACGUUCAGAAGGUGUUCUCGUCCAUCACCCAGUCCAGCUCCAGCUGUCCCCCGCUCAUGUGUGACGUGUUCCGCUCGCUGCGUCACAUGGCCUCCAAGCGGUUCCCAGAUGAUCCUCACGUCCAGUAUUCAGCAGUCAGCAGCUUCGUGUUCCUGCGCUUCUUCGCCGUUGCCGUUCUCUCGCCACACACCUUCCAGCUCCGCCCACACCAUCCUGACCUUGAGGUCUCCCGAACACUCACUCUCAUCUCCAAGACCAUCCAGACUCUGGGUAGCUGGGGGAGCCUGUCCAAAAACAAACUGUCUAGUUUUAAAGAAUCCUACAUGUAUGAUUUCUUCAAAUCAUUCCAAGAAGACAAAUGUAUUGAAAAAGUAAAAAAGUUCCUAGAUGAGAUCUCCUCCAACGUCAGUAAGGAGUCCAGCGGGGUGGAAGACUCUGUGGUUCUCAAAGAGGGGGAGAUACAGAAGCGGGCCCAGGGAAGGAAACGCAUCGGCAAGAGGAACUUCAAGAAGAGGUGGCUCAGAGUGACCAACAGGGAGCUCUCCUACCACAAGCACAGAGGGAAAGAAGCACUCUGCAUUAUCCCAGUGAAGAAUAUCCGGGCUGUGGAGAAACUGUACGAAAGUGCCUUUAACCGCAAAAAUAUGUUCCAGGUGCUCCACAGUGAGAAGCCACUGUACGUGCAGGCGGGGAACUGCGUGGAGGCCAGUGAGUGGGUGGAGGUGCUGAGCCAAGUGAGCCGCUGUAACCCGGACCGCCUGGGCACCUUCCACCCCUCGGCCCACGUGGCGGGGGCCUGGCUCUGCUGUAGGAGCCUGAGCGACAACCAGCCGGGCUGCAAGCCUUGCACACCUACCUUACUGGCUAACCUGCAGCUGGACAUCGACUGUGACCGCGAGACAGAGAGAAUCUUCUCCCUCCUCACCUCCAGCUACUCCAAGCUGCAGAAGAUGGAAGAUGCGUGUGCCAGCAUCGCUGUGUACCAGGGACCUCCGAGGGAGCAGGACGACUACUCCCUGUUCACCAUCCAGGACCCCAAGGAGACAUUCCACACAGUGCAGCAGAUCACACACAUCCUGGAGGAGCUGCAGAGAGAGCACGACACUCGCAGCGGCACCGCGCAGUACGGCAGCCAAGAGAAUCCGAUAGUUGGGAAGACAUCCUAACCAGUCUAGGUGGGUCUGUCUGGCCUGAGUUCAACACUGGAGCCUCAGGGUGGCACCGUCGGGAUUGGUACUGAGAACGCUGCCUGCCUCCGCGAAUACCAAGAACGCAUUACCCCCAAGGUUGUGCUCUGCACCCCCUUCCCCGUCCACCACCGUGUGACUGGACGGACCGUCCAAUAGAGGAAGUUAGAAUUGUCACCUGACCCUGACCAGAAGCUCUCAUUGGUUCAGAAGAGGAGACCCUUAGUUGUUUUUUAAAAUUCUCUUUCCCCGCCUGUCUCCAUCCCUCUCUCGUUCUCACACACCACUGCCCUAAUCAGAGGAGAAUGUGCUUGCUCUCGUCUUCUACUUGAUUUGCACAACAAAACUCAAUCAUUUCAUUGAAAUCUCCCCUUUUUCUACAGUUCGGUGAAGACCAGACAACAUCAUUAGUUGGUGUGUGUGUGUGUGAAUAGGCUGCUAAAAGAAUCCCUUUUAUACACUCAAUGUUUUUGAUCAUCAACCAUCAAGAUGAUGAAGCUCUCAAUCUCUUGGGGCUUCACUGUUUGACGUCUGUUUACAACUAAACAGCAAGCUGAUUUUGUUUAUCUCAUUUUCUAUAAAAGGGAAUUUUUCUCUCCUUCCUCCUCCUCUACCCACCUCUAUAGUUUGUGCUUUGAACAAAUGCAGGUGUUUCAGAGUACAGUUAAGUGGAUGAAACCGAUCUGCCUUAUUUUUCUUAAUGGAUGUAUGUGUAAAAGUCUCUCACAUCCGUCCUCGGGUUAGGGAAUAAUGCCCAAGCACUUUACAUAUUUGGAAUAUUCCAGAUGGCAUCAUUUUAGAUACGUGGUAUCAGUAAACCCCCCCCCCACAUUGAUCAGUUAAAUGAUCUCGUUUACGUUCUCGUUUCCAUUCCUGUACGAUGACGUUUAUAGCAUGCAGAUUUUAAUAGCUAUUUUUCUUACACCAAAGAUGAAAAUUUCGUAGGAUCGACUUGGGAAAAAAGGGUAUAAAUGUGUUUUGAAUACAGACUUUUUGAAAAUGGAGAGAAAUGCAGGAUAUAUUUAGUUCAUGUACAUUUUGGUAAAUGCAUUGUUCCUCCUUUUAACGAUGUAGACGAUUUGAUUGAGUAACGUUCUAAUGUUCUCUGGAAAUGCAGAGGGACCGUGGUCGGUAGUCUGUGACAACCGCUUCACCAUGUAGUGAUGUCACUGCAUAUCAAUCACCAUAAAUCACAACAAGAUAGACAAUCCCCUUCACUUGCCAAUCUAGCCCCUUAGAUAGCCAUCACUGCAUCACUGGCCCACAUUAACUAGUAGUCAAAGCUCAGGGAUGAUAGACGAGUUUCCCACUAGUACACUGAACAAAAACAUAAAUGCAAGAUGCAACAAUUUCAAAGAUUUUCCUGAGUUACAGUUCAUAUAAGGAAAUCAGUCAAUUGAAAUGAAUUCAUUAGGCCCUAAUUUUUGGAUUUCACAUGACUGGGAAUACAAAUAUGCA